AUGUCCUUGAAGCACAAAGCCGUGCAACAUGAUGCUCAUAGGUACAGGAGAGGAGAUCUGCAUAACUCUUCAGUAUCUCUGUCAAACUCACACAGUUUUGAAGGUGAUGCUAUCAAAGUUUUCGUAAGGGUUCGUCCCCCUUCAGACAAAAUUGCAUUAACCGAUGGAGAUCGAGGCUUGUGUUUAUCUGUUCUUUCAUCAAACACCAUCCGCCUGCACUCGAAGCCUGAGCCAAAGAUCUUCACUUUUGAUUAUGUUGCAAAUACGGAAGCAACACAGGAAUACAUGUUCUCAAGCGUGGCUAAAAAUAUUGUUGAAUCUUGUAUGAACGGCUACAAUGGAACCAUCUUUGCAUAUGGCCAGACUGGGUCAGGAAAAACCUUUACUAUGAUGGGACCACCUGAUUCUGGUAAUUUCAGUCACAGUCUGAGAGGUGUAAUUCCACGGAGCUUUGAAUACUUAUUUUUUCUAAUUGAGCGGGAAAAGGAAAAGGCUGGCAAUGGAAAGAGUUUUCUCUGCAAAUGCUCUUUUAUUGAAAUCUACAACGAACAGAUAUUUGACUUGCUAGAUUCUGCUUCUGCUGGACUCUUUCUCAGAGAACACAUCAAGAAGGGAGUCUUUGUUGAUGGUGCUGUUGAAAAAAAAAAAAAAGAGUGUUCUGCUGCUGAAGCAUACCAGGUAUUAACUACGGGCUGGAGAAACCGCCGUGUAGCAUCGACCUCAAUGAACAGAGAAUCCUCAAGAUCACAUGCAGUUUUCACUAUCACAGUGGAAUCCAUGGAGAAAAACAAUGAGCUGGUUAACAUUCGGUCUUCCCUGCUCAACCUGGUAGACUUGGCAGGAUCUGAGAGACAGAAGGACACCCACACAGAAGGGCUGAGGUUAAAGGAAGCAGGUAACAUAAAUCGAUCACUGAGCUGCCUGGGCCAAGUAAUCACAGCACUUGUUGACGUGGGUAAUGGAAAACAGAGACACGUUUGUUACCGGGAUUCCAAGCUCACUUUUCUGCUACGGGAUUCCCUUGGUGGUAAUGCAAAAACGUGUAUAAUCGCAAAUGUUCAUCCAGGAUCCAAGUGUUUUGGUGAAACACUGUCCACUCUUAACUUUGCUCAGCGAGCAAAGUUGAUUAAAAACAAGGCUGUGGUAAAUGAAGACACACAAGGAAAUGUGAGCCAGCUGCAAGCUGAGCUCAAGAAGUUGAAAGAGCAGCUUGCUCAGCUUACUUCAGUGCCAUCUAUGUGCAGUAUUUCUGUUUCACAAGAUACCCUGCAGAAAAACAACACAAAUUACAUGAACAACUUUCUAGAAGCGAUGUUGUUCUGGAAGAAAUCAGAAGGUGAAGUAAAGAACUUAUUGGAAAAAGUUGCUCAACUAGAAAAUCUGUGUGCCAAAAAGGAAAAUUUUAUUCAGUCCAAUAAAAUGAUAGUUAAAUUCCGUGAAGACCAUAUUGUCCGCUUGGAGAGAUUGCAUAAAGAAGCUGGUGGAUUUUUAUUGCCAAAAGAGCAAGAUGAUCUCCUCAAUGACUUGAGGGAAGAAGUGAAGAUACUCAAAGAACAGGUGCAGCAACACCCACGUAUUUUAAAGUAUGCCAUGGAGAACCAUAAUCUCAGAGAGGAGAACAAAAAGCUUCGUUCUUUACAGUCAGUUAAAAAGGCUCAAGAAAUUGAUGCUCAGACCAUUGCAGAGCUAGAAAAAGCUUUUUGGGAAGCUUCAGCCAUGGAGAAAAAUACUGGAGGUCAUCGUUUAUAUUCCACCGCCAUGUCAGUGGAAGGCAACUCCUUGGCAUCUCUUGAAAGGCUGAAAGCACAUCUACUGCAGGCCCAAAGUGAACUGGCAAGCUCAAAGCAAGAAUACGAAGAAUUUAAAGAGCUAACCAAAAAGAGGCAUAUGGAACAGGAAUCAGAGAUUCAGUCCCUUCGGAAAGCAAAUCAUCAUCUUGAAAACAUUCUGGAGGCAACCAAAGCACACAGGCGCCGAGAAGUCUCUCAGUUACACAAGCUACAUAGAGAAAGUCUGCAGAACAUAACCACCCCAACUAAGGCUUACCAGCUAAGGUCUCGUCUAGUGCCACGAAUAAGCCCAGAAGUCUUAGAUUUCCAUUCUGAAGAUUUUCAGCAUUGUGAAGAGAUGAUGGAUGACAUUCGGAAAGAGCCAGUUUCCCAAGAGAUGCGUGAACAAGCGUAUGAAGCCAUUGCUGAGGAGCUCAAAGAGGCACAG